AUGUACCAUGUGUUACAUGUCAGAAGUGGCAGAUUAUUAAUGGGUGAAACCAAUGUAGAAACACUACCUCCGGAGAAUAAUACCCUGCUGGAGGAAAAGUUCAUGGGAUCAGUGGGUGCAAAUGGCGAAACUUACCUGCAGGACCGUUCCGAUGUAACAAAAUAUAAUGAUAGCUCUAACUCACGAUCUAGAAAGAGUAGUCCUCGCGACAGUUCAAGGAAAAAGUCGAAAAGUACCAUGGAUCGUUGUAACGUGGACAAAUCCAACGAGUCUUUAAACUUGAAUAAUUUUGAUGAUGAUCAAGGCAAGGAAAAGUUUGGUGCAUCAUCGAUUUUUGGCAGCACGGAGAGUCUAUUUGAAGAACGAAAUGACGAUGACGAUGAUGAUAUUGUUAGCGAUGACAGAAAGGUUGGCGAAUCCACGUAUUUUGACAGCAGGGAUAGUAUAUUCAAGAAAGGAGCCGAUGAUAUUUUUAAUAAUAAAGAGAAAGUUCAUAAAUCUGCAAAUUAUGACAGUAUGGACAGUAUAUUCCCAGAAGGAGCCAAUGGCGACGAUUCUGACAGAAGCCAGGAAAUUACAGAACCCAUGACCUUUGACAACAGGGACAGUCUUGUUAAGGAACGAAAUGUGGAAGAUAAUGAUAAGUGUAAGAAUAAGUCUGAGUAUCAGCCUAAAGAUCAUACCGGCGUAAAGCCUGGAGUUGAUCGUGAGUCACAACGUGGAUGUUCACAUGGAGUACGAUCUGCAGAUCCAUAUGCAAGGGAAACCGGUAGUACGCAUAUAGAAGGAAUUGAACAGAGUGCGCGAAGUAAUGGGAUGGCCCGAAAAGGAUCUAUCUUUUCUCGCAUUGCUAAUUAUAUAAGGGCGACUGAUGCGCGUUAUCAAGCGGUGUUGGUGGAUAUACUACGGGAAGACAUGGAGAAAACUCUUGAUUGUAAUUGGAAUGCAUCAAAUUUCAACAUUAGACAUGAACUCAUGUGUCUAUCACCAGUUUUGGGAGCACUUUUGUCUUCCUUAGUUUUUCUUAUAAUAACUCAGCACGUGCUGGCUUUUUUUCCUGUAUUCAUCAUAUCAGUAUUCGGAUCAAUAACAUAUCUUGCACUCAGAUACAAAAAAGCGCUUAAGCUUGUAAAGUACGAACAAAGUAGGAGCCGAAUGGUGGGAAGAAAGUCAAAGGAAUCUGAUACUAACAACAUAGAUUAG